CAUGAACACAACAUUGAAACAGGGCGAGAUUGGGCUGAAGCGCUUUGAUGGAAACACGCUAGAGCACAAACCUACGGACUAUCUUCAAGCUACUGAGGAUAAACUGUAUGCGGAUAUGAACUUGGAGGAUUCCAUUGAAAGAAAGCAAGCAAUAUCACGACGUCGUCGGCGGCUACCAACGAUUGGAUGUAUUUGAAGUGAAAGUCGGUAGGUCCCGGCGAUGCCCGGUAUAGUUUAUUG